CGUGGUCUGUGGGGGAAUUUCCGACAGCACAUGAAGGCCUCAACAGUCACGUGAAACAUCACGAGACGGAAAUGGGCAGCUGAGCUCCAACACAUACAAACAACAAGAAUAAUAAUAAUAAUAAGAAGAAGAAGAAGAAGAAGAAGAAGAAGAAGAAGAAUGACUACGGCGGCGGCUCUGACUGCGGGUCUGGAGCGGAUCCCGGACCAGCUCGGGUACCUGGUCAUCAGCGAGGACGGAGUUCUGGCCUCUGCAGGGGAGCUGGAGAACGAUGAGGUCACAGCCGGUGUGAUGAUGCAGAUGGUUCGAACAGCGAGUCGGCUCCGUUUAACAGGAUCAGCUGAUCCACCCUUCAAACGCAUGUCAGUGGUUCUGGAGGACUUUGUUUACGCGGUGACUGUUUCUGGUCAGAAGGUUUUCGUGGUCAAACGUCACAACAACCAGCAGGAACCGAUCGACGCUUUGAGGCCGGGACACAUGAAGUGAGGCGGCCAGAAGACUGUUAUCUGUUUCUAACUGUGUUAAAUAAAGUUGUGUAUGUUUGAAUGUGCAUUUAACUGAAUAAACUGUUAUGCAAUAA